AUGAACGCAAACACGUACGACAUCUUUCGGAUCAGAUACAAGAAAAUAUGGUCCUUCAUCCAGGAAAACUUCACGGUCUUUCCAAAACAAACGGGUGACAGUGUGAUUGAAGACAAACAACUCCUGUACACAGGAACGGAAACAGACGCAUAUUACAUCGAAAACUACAUCAAGGACUGCAACUUCGAAUCACUCUACAACGGAAACAAUAUGAUCGAAUCUAUCCAACAGAAAUGGAACACCAUGAACAAACAACUGCGAUACAUCCCAUUCCCAGAAACAUUUGAUAUUCCUAAUCCACAUGAAAGGUAUUCAAAUCUUGAAACGGAGUUCAACCAGAAGAACCUCGAGCACAAGAUGGAAAAACUCUCCGGAACCGAAAUGAUGGACAGAUACGACGAUGACAGAACGUGGAUGUCCGAAGAAGAAGAAGACGGAAACGAUAAAAAUGAUAGUUCCGUAAUAGAAUAA